GUCUUCUUCCACACUGAUACUCAUCCACGUCUGCCUUGGGAAUACCAUGCUCCCCGGGCUGGGACUACAACAGCAAUAUCAUGAUGCUAUCGGGAAAUGACCUAGCAUCGAAAGAUGACACAGCCUACCGAUGCAACACUGGAUGCUGGUGUCGUUGGUUAUCUAUUCCCUGGCCUCCCAGCGAUAGCAUCCUCCCCCACCGUUUGCUUCCUGAGAUGUCGUCUGUAGCAGGCGGCCUGGAUCUCCAAUGUGGAACCCUGGUAUCGCCAUGCAGGGCUAUGCGCAGCUUAGUGUUCAGUCUCUUCUCCAUGGUAAUCUACGAGUAUCUUUGUACAUUCGACAUGGAGGUUGCCUAUUUCUGGACUUGGAAGGACCGGGUGAAGCUCUCUCAAAUCCUUUUCUUUUGGAACCGAUAUGCGAACAUACUAGUUGCUAUCUUGAAUUUGUAUGGUCAGUACUGACUGCUCGUGUAGCUAGUUCUCGAAAGUUGAGCGAUUCGCAGCUGCCUGGUCGCUUGAUAUCACCGAACAGCUGUGAGGAACACACAAGUUUGGCGGCAAUCACUGAGGACUGAGUAAGGACUGUCAGAAUGGACCUCAUCACUACGUUGGCCACGUUGAGUCUAGUGAAUAUUGAAGUGAUGCAGGCACUCCGUCUGUGGCACCUUUUCUCGCACUGCAGGCCGGUACAGUAUCUGCUCGUCGUCCUCAGCAUCGGCUACUUUGCAGCUCAGUGGACCAUCGUCAUCCGAAUUCUCAAGGGCAUGAGCUACACGUCUCUUGCAGCCUCGCAAUGGUUCCCGUCCCUUGCUGUCCACUCGGCCCUCUACCUGCUGACAAUCCUGCGGGCGUUUUCGCCUCGCCCGCCGGACGCGGAGGGCAAGCAUCUUAUCAGAUGGAUCCUCCGACAGGGCGGGCUGUUGGCUUCUGUUGCUUUCGCCGCCGUCUUGUACAACACGAUUGGCGCCCUCAGUGGCAACCCCAACGUAAGCAUGCCGGCGAAGUUCGGCGGCAUCAUGCUCUCCGUCAUGUCAGUCACCAUGAGCCGCCUCAUGUUCAACAUCCACAAGUUUUCCGAUGCCCUGGGCACGGAACCCAAGCUGCUCCUCAGCCACCUGGAGAUGAGCCGGAUACGCAUGCGCAGCACCAAGGGCAUGCGCGAGGGCGAGCUGCUCGUCGAGGUCGAUAACGUCGGCCCGGAGGAGUACGAGCUGUCCCAGGCGCAUACAGAUGCGUCGAGCGGCGAGACUCUGGAGGUCCUGCCGUCGAUAGAAAGAUACCAAGAGGUUGUCGAUAGCGAGGCGGGUCAGGCAUCGAAGUUCGUUGAGAACCUGCGUUGUAGUGGUAUGUCGGGCGGGACCUUCGCUCAUGAGGCUUGA